UCCAGCCGUCCGACUGGUGCAGUGUCAACAAUGUCAGAAGCUCUACUUCCUUAGCGCAAAACAGACCCAUUUUACAAGGCCCCGUGAACCCAGAACCCCGGGGUCAGACAGCUAGCGGUUCGAAGGAGCUUCCUGUGAUUGGUAAAACGGAAAUAUGAAAUCAUCUACAGACGAGGAAGGACAGCAAAGCGGCUCAACAAAGAACGAUACUGAAAACAACAUGGCGGCCACCAUAGCUUCAUUACAGCGGGAGCACAUGGAGUAUAGAAACACUUCGAAGGACGAGGCAAAGGGGGAGGGGUGUUCCUCCUCCAGGCCUGGGGUAGCUGAGGCAGGGAGGAGGCCCUCAGCGGGUGAUAUUCCGUACGAGGACUUACCGAAAGCACUUAUUGCCACAAAUGUACCUGAUGCAGUUUUCUUGGAUGCACAGAAAAAGAAAUCCUUUGAAGACCUCUUCUGUGCGUUUGGUGAGAACGUCCACUUUGUCUACCUGUCCAGCUUCAGGAGGGUCCGGAUCGGCUACGAGACUCCGGAGCAGGUGGUUCGAGCAAGAAUAGGAAUGCACAAGAAAGAAAUAUACGGCACAACUCUCAGUUUAUACUUCUUACAGCCCGUCAAACUAUCCAACAGUUCAUCACUGGAGCCGCCCAUACCAACCAAGCAGCACCUUCUGUCUCCACCAGCAUCACCGCCAGUCGGCUGGGAGCCAAAGCAAGAAUCUGAACCAGUCAUUGACUAUGAUGUCCUGGCAGCAUUGGCUAGUCUAGCACCAGGUGAAGCUCAUGAACUCCACGCGGCGGACGACAACAAACCCGGAAUCUUCGUCCUCCCCUGUGAGGAUCCGCCCCCAAAGGGAGCAGCAGCCAGAGGGCCCAAGAUGAAAAUACAACACACCAGAAGACCAGAGCCAAGUUAAUCACC